AUGGCUCGUUCAAUCCCAAUUGAGGAAAUCGAUUCCACAUUCAAGUCAAAGUACACAGACCUUAUAUCUGCACCUCUCGGUUCAAAAGUGCUAUCCUUCAGCGAUGAAUACUUUGCUGCAGCAGAAAAUCUGAUAACGCCAACUCCACCAAUCCGUAAACCGGGUGUCUUCGUCCAUACCGGAGCCUGGUACGAUGGUUGGGAGACGCGCCGCCACAACCCAGAGCCUGCAGACUGGGUCGUCUUGAGACUGGGUACUGCUAGCGGAAAAGUGGCGGGUAUUGAGAUUGACACUGCCCAUUUCAACGGCAACCACGCUCCAGAAAUUGUGGUUGAAGGCGCUUUUAUCAGUAAUGAGAAGGAUGAAGAGGAAGUUAAGAAGCCAAGCUUUGCAGGCUGGGAGACCAUACUGUCCAAGCAGGAAUGUGGACCCAGCCAACGGCAUGGAUGGCUGCUUCCCAACAUCACGGAAAAGGCAUACACUCAUGUUCGGUUGCUCAUGUACCCAGAUGGUGGCAUUGCGCGUUUCCGCCUGUACGGCGUUGCUGUUCCUGUCUUCCCUCAGUCAGCAGAUGCUGUCUUUGAGCUCUCUGCAACAGUCAUGGGCGGCGUUGCAACAUCUUGCUCUGACCAGCAUUUCGGUACAAAAGACAACCUGCUCCUUCCUGGCCGCGGAAAGGACAUGGGCGAUGGCUGGGAAACGAAGCGCACACGUGGUGAACAUGUUGAUUGGACGAUUGUAAGGCUUGGAGCAAAGGGCGAGAUUGAUCACAUUGUUAUCGACACUGCGCAUUUCAGGGGCAACUUCCCACAAAAGGUGCAGGUGUUCGCAGGUGCUUUUGACAAAGACCCCAGUCACGACGAUGCAGGAUGGACGGAAGUUCUGGCCCCGCAGAAGUCGGGCCCAGAUACAGAACAUGUGUACAAGGCUGAGUUGAAGGAAUCAGGCAAGGGGUACACACACGCAAAACUUGUAAUUAUUCCUGACGGCGGAGUGAAGAGAUUCAGGGUCUUCGGAAAGCGGGUUUAG